GGCACAAAUCGGUAUGUACCACCGGUCAUACCAUUCCACUUGCUAAACCGGACAAACCGGUUUAACAAACCUUGGGCAAAGCUAAAUGACCGUUUCUGACCAAUUUCACUUAAAUGUGGCGCCGCCACGAGCACCAACCAGGACAAAAUACACGUCGUCCAAUCAGAUCCCCCAAACCCCAUACGACGACGUUUCGUCUUCACCUACCCCAUUUAAAGUCUUAAACAACAAAACAAAAAUCAAAUAAUAAUUUAUAUAUACAUCACGAACGAUCUGAUUCUCUCGCAGUCAGAUCAAAUAUACAAAAGCGAAUCAGAAAACUCCAACUUCCUUUUCUCUUCUUCCUCACUGCUCUUUCUCCCAAACCCACCAUGGCCUCAAAGCUCGCAUCUUCCAACAACUACUCCCUUCUCCUCCAAAACCCACACCACAACCACCGCGGCGCCGCCGGAACCAACAACCACCUCCGCCCCUCCGCCGCCUCCUCCCCCAAAAUCAAGCCUCUUUCCCUAAGAUGCGCCACCACCGCCGCCGCCUCCCCGAUCCCAGCCCACGUCGGAGAAGAGCGCAUAUUCAAUUUCGCCGCCGGACCCGCGACCCUGCCGGCCAACGUCCUCAAGAAGGCCGAAUCCGAGCUCUACAACUGGCGCGGAUCUGGGAUGAGCGUCAUGGAGAUGAGCCACAGGGGGAAAGAGUUCCUCUCCAUCAUCCAGAAGGCCGAAUCGGAUCUCCGCUCCCUUUUGAACAUCCCCGAGGAUUACUCCGUCCUCUUCCUCCAAGGCGGCGCCACCACCCAGUUCGCCGCCAUCCCGCUCAACCUCUGCUCCCCUGACGACUCCGUCGAUUUCGUGGUCACCGGAUCUUGGGGCGACAAGGCGUACAAGGAGUCCCAGAAGUACUGCAAGCCGAAGCUGAUCUGGUCAGGUAAAUCGGAUAAGUACACCAGCAUUCCUUCUUUUGAUACCCUAGAGCAGAGCUCGGGCGCCAAGUAUUUGCAUAUAUGCGCCAAUGAGACGAUUCACGGGGUUGAGUUCAAGGAUUACCCAAACCCUAAAAAUGGGAUCUUGGUUGCCGACAUGUCCUCCAAUUUCUGCUCCAAGCCCGUCGAUGUCUCCAAAUUCGGGAUCAUCUACGCGGGUGCGCAGAAGAAUGUGGGGCCAUCUGGAGUCACCAUUGUGAUCAUCAGGAAAGAUCUGAUUGGAAAUGCUCAGGGGAUUACCCCUGUAAUGCUGGAUUACAAGAUCCACGCUGAGAACAAUUCCCUGUACAACACGCCUCCCUGCUAUGGGAUCUACAUGUGCGGGCUGGUUUUCGAGGAUCUGGUGGCACAGGGCGGGCUGGAGGAAGUGGAGAAGAAGAACAAGAAGAAAGGGGAGUUGCUGUACAAUGCGAUCGAAGAGAGCAAUGGUUUCUACAGGAACCCUGUCGAGAAGUCGGUGAGGUCGUUGAUGAAUGUGCCAUUCACGAUGGAGAAGUCUGAACUGGAAGCGGAGUUCAUCAAGGAGGCUGUGAAGGAGAAGAUGGUUCAGCUGAAGGGACACAGGUCGGUGGGAGGGAUGAGGGCUAGCAUCUACAAUGCAAUGCCGUAUGAAGGUGUGGAGAAGUUGGUUGCUUUCAUGAAGGAGUUCCAGGCUAAGCAUGCUUGAUGAGAUUGGUUUUUUCUUACCUGAGAGGACAAAAAAGGAUUAUUCUGUUGGCAUGGUUUUUUUUUUUUUUUUUGUUUUUGUUUCUGGUUGUCUUUCUAGCCUAGGGGUAAUGUAACUGCUGCUAUCUAUUGUUCUGUUUCUGGAUUCCAAGCUUGGUUGUUGAGAAUUGCAUUUACUGGAGAAUCAGCUCCAUUACCAAUUCUGAUUGGAUUUUGUAGACUCGUAGUAGGUGGAUUUUGUGAUUGUGUAUCUUUUCUCCAUCGUUCUAUCUAUGAUUCUGAAUAUGUAUUGAAUUGGAGAAGUAAUAAAGGGUUGGACCUUCCUUCUGCGAGUUGUGCUUUUUAGUAGUCUCCACACUGUGGGGAGAGCAGAGGAUGCUCUUAGUUAGGUAGCAGUGGUUUGGCAUGAAUAUUCGAUUUGGAUGCCCUUUGAGUGAUGCUACGCGGGGAAAGCAGGUACGCUGAAGCAUAUGAUUCAUGGGAAGAGGCAUCGUUAUCCUCCACCAACCGCUAUUGAAGAGUAAAUGGGAAUCAUCUUGUGGGUUGUUACCAAUCUCAUCUGAAUCUGGUGAGAACUACUGUUCUUGUAUCAUUGGUGUUGUAGCUGUCUGAGCUGGGUCCAACUCGGAGUUCUAGCAUCGAUGGUUAGAACACAAUGGUUGAUAUUGCAACUUAUUUCCAAUGAUUUGGGCAGUCCUCGAUCAACGAGGACUCGCAUUCAGAGCCUCCCUCACACGAAUGUGAGACCCUUCCUCGAUACCGAACCUUGAUAUGGGAGCAGAGUCAUCUUUCAUAGUAGCACCCUUGCUACAAGUCAUCAUGAGAACAAUCAAAGAACCUCAUCUUCCUGCAUAUAUUGGCCUUCGACUCCCUCACCCUCACCUUCGUCGGCCCUGCAGGAGCUUCUCCUCCUCGAUGAGUCUGGCGGGAUCACGACCAUGGACCACCACCACCUUGAUGUGCUCUGGAGCAACCACUAGCUGAGCUUCGACGUGGGUGGUGGUCUGUAGGAAUGGCAAUGGGGCAGGUCCGGGGCGGGUUUCUUGGUACCCAGACCCGCCCCGUGGCAGGUCGGGUAUUUUAUCACGGGUCACAGGUCGGGGCAGGUCGACCCAAUGGGUAAGCAAUUUAUAUGAAAAAUAUUAGAAAUGUUCGUUAUAUUUAUUAUAAGACUAUGGAAACAAACAAUAUUAUGAUAAAUAUAGUUAAAUUAUUGGA